CGGGACUGCGGGAGCGGCAGCGGGUCCGGAGCUGUGCGGCUGUGCUGCGGGAGGCGCCGGCGUGUAGCUCCGCUCUUCUGUUGUUUAUCGCUCUUCCUUGACAGGUUCUGGGCUGGGGAUGGGUUUUGUCUCACGUUAGUAUCUGCUAUUUUAUCGAGACCACUGAGAAGUUUUUGUCUGCGUGUCCCUUUUAAUGUUUUGUCUUUCUUUGAAGGGCCCAAGCAGCACGCUUGCAGCUCUUCAGAAGCCCUCCUGCCUCUCGCUGCUUGUUUUCGUGGCUGCAGGCUGCUCUCUUGCUUGUGUUUCAGCCAAGGGGACAUCAGCCAGCAAACACAUUUAUCUUCAAAAAAACCCCAAAUGGCAGCGACCAACAACCGCCACCACACCCCUCCUUAGCCUGCUUUCCUGACUGACUGCGAGCUUGACUCACAAUUCUGACAGUGCUGUACCUUAGCCAUUAUUUUAACCCCAUGUGAGCUUUCCCCCUGCUUGCCAGCCUGGAGAGCAUUGCACGUGCAUCAUUCCUUUCUCAGUCAUCCUCCUCUCUCUUUGACAUUGAUCCCACUGAGCUGCAGGACCGUGCGCUCUUGCCUUUCACUUUUUUUUUAUGCACAGAAACAGGGAGGUUUUUGUGAGUAUCCCUCCUGGCAGACCCCACCCGCCUGAGGUGCCAUGGUGUUUCCCCUGCUUAGUUUUUGCAAAGCGUCUGCUGGACUCUACAGAGUUGGAAGAAACAUUUCGUGCUGUGAGUUGGCUGCACUUUGCACAGAUGCUCUCAGAUGUGAGGUUUCACCUCCUCAGUGCUGCGAGGGUUUUUCCUGUCACGAGGCAGCCUGCCUUCCUGCCCCCUGUGCUGCGGAGAGCAGCUGCAGAGCAAGUGCAGGUGUGGGGCACGAGGGCACUGGCUUCAGCUGUGCUCCAUCAGCCGCAUCCCCGAUCUCCCUCAUUUUCCUCAUGUACGAUGCAGGCAAACACUGAGAGCUGAUGGAUCUCCAUCUUCUACUCGUGCUCCCUGCGUGUGACCGAAGUCUCUUUGCAGGUGUCUAGGGAAGAAAAGCCCUAAUCUAUGGAAACUUUGUGCAAAGAACUGUCCCUAGGGAUGCUGAGUUGCAACACACUCUGGGCUUUGCAGUAGGCUUGCUUGCUGCAUCUCUGUUGGCUUUUGGUGGCUUGUGCUCCUACUUGACUUUUUUGAGGUAGUGCAGGGAUGAUUUAAGGGACUAGGUCAUGCCACGCUGCAUGUUGCUUAACAUGGCUAUGUGAUAAUUCAUGCAGGAUGGAAUCACAGAAUCAUAGGGGUUGGAAGAUCAUCAAGUUCAACCCCCUACUAAAGUAGGUUUACACAGGAAAGUGUCCAGGAGACCCUCCAACCUCUUUGAGCAGACUGUUCCAGUGCUCUGUCACGGUAAAGAAGUUCUUCCUCAUGUUCAGGUGGAACUUCCUAUGUUGCAGUUUGUGCUCGUUGCCCCUUGCUCUAUCACUGGGCGCUGUUAAAAAGAGCCCAGCCCCAUUCACUUGACUCCCACCCUUUCAAUAUUUGUAAGCACUGAUAAAUCCCCUCUCAGUCUUUCAGGCUGAAAACUGUCGCAGGUUUCUCAGCCUCUCCUCAUAGGCGAUGCUCCAGGCCCCAGACAUCUUUGUGACCCUCCACUGGACUCUCUUUAGAAGUUUCUCAUCUUUCUUGAACUGCCCAACUGGUCUCAGUACUCCAAAUGUGGCCUCACCUGGGCAGACUAGAGGGAGAUGACUACCUCCAUCAACCUGGCCAUGCUCUUUUUAACAUGCCUCAGGAUGCCAUUGGCCUUCUUGGCCACAAGGGCACACUGCUGGCUCAUGGUCAACUUGUGGUCAGCUGUUGGUCAACCAAGACACCCAGCUCCAUCUCUGCAGAGCUGCUCUCCAGCAGGUCGGCCCCUAACCUGUACUGGUGCAUGUUGUUAUUCCUCCCCAGCUGUAGGACUUCGUGUUUGCCCAUGUUGAACCUCAUGCAGGGCAGUGUCUGUGGUGAAGUCUUGGCUGCUUUGCUGUGAUGUGCCUUGGGAAGAGCGGUCUCUGUUUUGUGCAACGCUUUUGGAACAGAUGCCAGGACUUGUGCACUUUCUGCAGCUGUGGGAUGGCUGGAUGUGUUCCUCAGCCAUGGGCUUGCUUGGGCACCACUGGCACACAUUCCCAUCCUGUGCUGCAUGAGAGCUCAGUGAGACUGGAGGAUUCCUGAUGCGGGGUCUGGGUGUUCCUAGAGAGAUACUGAUUGUCCUGGACAGCUCGUGUUUUCUUCUUUUAUUCCAAGCCCUCAUCAUGUGUUGGGCUCAUUAGGGCAGACGGCAAAGCUGGGCAGGCAGUGUGGAUGGAGUUGGAUGGGGCUGGCCAGCUGCCACCCUAUCCCACCUCGGUAAGGCUGAGACAGCAUGCCUGCUAAUUCCAUUAAUGGUAGCCCCGUGCCUGGGAGAUAGAUGCAAUUCUACCAUAAAGCCUGUGCACAGCCUUGAACUGACAGGAUUUGCUGGUUCUCCCCGGUGUGCUGCUGUCAGCGUACCCCUGACUUACCCACAGCUUGUAUUUAAAAGUGUAGAUGUCAGCAUAAAGAUUGGGUAGUGGAAAAAAUCACUAUGAAAUGUGUGUGAAGAAAUGCUUGGCUCUGGAGCCGUGCUGCCUCUUGGAGCCUAGCAGUCUGCUUGUCGUGGAUUGUACCACAAAUGAAGGCUUCCUGCUUUAACUCGUGGCAUGCAUGAUGACAUAGGGCACAGACAGCAGCUGGGAGAUGGCUUGAAAGGGACGUGUCCCCAACGAGCUCUGUGUGAUGGCAGGGCAGAUAGCAUGGAAGUGUUAUUGUGUGUGUGUCAGAUUGGGGUGAAAGCUUGUGAGUGCAUUGGAGCCACAGCAGGAGUUUUAGCACAUUUAGCACAUCCUCUGCAUGUUUUUUGGUGGUGUGGCCCGCACUUGAUUUCAGAGGUGGCUCUCCUGGCUGGUUCUUUUCCCAGUUUGAUUUUUUUUUUCUGUUUGCAGACCGCAUCUUCCUGUCUGCAGUCAUAUAAUAUACUCUAGUGGCAGGGUAUUAUCCGCGUUGGAAAGGAAUGGUUAAUUGGGAUAUUUUUAGCUCUCCUCGUGGCUUGGAUCCUGGAAAUCAGGCACAAGAGCCAGCGCUGUCUGACCAUUCAGCUUUACACAGUGUGAAGAUGGAACGCAGCAGGACUUCAUCAAACCUCAGCUCUGGUUCUUAAAUCUUCUGCCCCACGGCAGCCGCAUUCCUUGGGACUCAGCACGUGGGCUGGGGGCAUGCUUAGAAUCAUAGCAUCAUUAAGGUUGGGACCAAGUGCUACAAUCGUCUACUCCAGCUGUACUUUAUGUCCUUUUUGCUCGCGUUUUAAUAUAGUUGUGUGACUUUCCCAAAGUGAAAAUUUUCAGCAUGUCCUUCCCUGUUUUAAUCGCUGUUAAUCUCAGCAGCAAAUCUGUGCUGGCAGUAAGUUGCCAAUGAUUUCAGUACAGAGCAGGCAGGAGGGCACUUGGUAAGAGAAGGACUGGUGUGUUUAGGGAUUUCAGGCAGAAAUUUAGUUUCUUGAAAACCUGUCAUUGUAGUCUCUGGUUGUGUUGUUCUUACCGUCUUGCUUCUUCCCUCCCCCCUCAGUUUCAUGAGUCAAAAGCAGCAGUGAGAGCAUCGCUGCCAGAACAGAGGUGACUUACCAGGGAGGAUGUAAUGUGGGUGGUAAAGUUAGAAGUAGGUCACAAGCUCUGCGUGUUUUUACUGGUGCCGAUUGCGGUGCUAACCAGGUAUGGUUGCCAAAACUGUUUCAAAGCAUUGGUAUUUUCUUGGCCUGCUGAUUUGUCUCAUGAGUUUCACAAGGAAACCUGUAGCUCAGCGUUGAUUUGCUUGGUGGCUCUCACGUCCCUGGUCCUCAGUUAAAUCACCUCUCGGCUGCUUGUGCCAAGGCAACAACGGCUGGGCUGGUCCUGUGCUGGCACUGUGCUUUACUGAAGUAUUUUUGAGUCACAUCUGCAUCCCCAUCAGAUUGCUGCAUCAUUUCCCAGGUGGCUGAGCUGUUGCUGUCCCAACCUAUCACACAGCUCCCUGGGAGAAGGGCUGGUGCUGGCACCACUGGCCUCCCAGAGACUCCCAGCCCAUGCUCCUGUUUGCUCUCCACAUCUGGAAGUUGAGCUAGCGGAGCCUGGUGGUUGCCUCACCCUUUGACAGCCUUAAGCUGAAGUAUCAGUCCCACAGCAGGCUUUAUGGGUGCUGUCUCUGUCUGGCUUCCUUGAACUAAGUUCCCUUUGUGCUCAAACUGCCAUAGCACUGCAAACUGACCUCGUGGAUGGGCUGAGACUAGAGACUGCUAGACUAUUAGCACUGGCUGGGCUGUACCAUGAUGUGUGUUGAAAAUCCACAAGCAACUGGAUAUUCAUGUGCCAACAUCAGGGAGCCAGCUCCUCUGGGUCCUCCCUUAUUUCCGAGCCUAGAGACCUUCUGGCACUGCAUCUGCUCAGCCCUGAGGAGCUCAAGAGGUGACCUGGCAGCUCCGUGCUGACGCUUUCGUGUGUGAAGGGACCCAGUGGAGGCUGCUUGGGGUGAGAUCAAGUGGGUGGGGGUGGAAAGUGGGAGGAUGUCAAGUGGGGCUUUUGGAAAACUGUGGAAGAUUUGACUAUGGGAGUUGUUUGACUUGAGGCUGUGCUUUCAGCUUAGUGGAAACAAAAACUUCUCCUCCAGUAUAGGCAGGCAAGAACCUUGCAGGUCUACCUCCAUCCAAACUGGGGAGCUUUGUGCUGUGGCUUUGUGAUAAAAACCCCUGCAGCUGCCGAAAGGGAGGGAUCAUCCUGCUGCUUAUCAGGCUCCAGCCCUGCUCCUUCGUGGCCAGCUCUGAGGUGUGUCAGACCUGCCAGUGAGCCCAUUUAAUUGAGAGGGGCAAAAGGGAGCUGUUUGAGAUAAAGUGUCCUGCCCAGCAUGAGAGCUGUGGCUUCAGCGGGUUGCGGCUGACUUGAAAAUGCCUGCUGAUAUCUGCUGUGUUAAAACUGCCCUGAAUUAAUCAGUCAGGUUUGUCUGGUUGCUUUGUUUUCUUGUAACUGAUGUAAGACGAAUUUCUGCCGAGGCAAAAGCUCGAGAUUUACAAUAAAAUUUAUGGCUUUGUUAAAGAUGCUUCGGGAUAUUUCUGGGGAGUGCAUGUGCUCUACAUGGUAACAGUUAUCAGGAGAACUGAGAACAGGGCGUUUGGAGAUGCUUGGUUGGUUAAUUGAUUUGAAUGCCAUGGAAACUCAAUGCCUUGUGCUGUUUUCAGGGAAGAAAACCCCAAACAUAUAAAGUAGAGAAGCAGCACUGGAUAUUUCUGUGAAGGGUGAGACUCGAGUGUAAGGGUUUUAACUGUGCUUUUCUAUCCAUGCUGGGUGCCAGCAGAGCUGGUGGUUUUGGGGUGAGGGUGCAGAAGAGAUUGCUCCCAGCUCAGAAGCAAGACUAGCCUGGAGGCCUCAUGGUGGUCGUGUCAGGAACUGUGUGACUAAUGCUGCAUAAUCCUUAAUAAAAUAAAAAAAGAGAGGGAGAGAUGAGCUCUGCCUCAUUUGUCUCUGAGAACCAGGGACAGAAGAGCUAGGUAGAGCUGUUGCUCAGACGGAUGGUUGUAAGUAGAUGAUACUUCGGGGUACAGUGUCAUUUCUAAGCCUACAGAUGUAUAAGCUCCCUCCGUGUAGCAUGGCUUCGUGGCUUUUACUUCUUCCAUUUGUGCUUUUGCUGUUUUGAUGGUGAGGUCUCCUGCUUGCAGCCCUCGAUCCCUGAGCCUCCACCCAUGCAGCUGGAGAAAGAGUGGGCUGGGGGGCAUUGGAGACAUGAGCCUGGCACUUGGGGAUGUGACAGCCUUGAAAACAUCUGGAUGUUUUUGAACUUUGAUACUGCAAAGACCUGUAUGUAUUUAUUGUCAGCAUGCUGCUGUCUGCUUUCCUUAAGAGCUUUUGCUAGAUCAUUGGCAUAUGUCUGGUGUCUGGCCUUGCUCUUUUCCUGAAAACCUUUUGAGAACACCCUUCAGCUAUGGCAUACUCACAGCAAAAGAAAACACCCACCCAUAUGUCCUGCUGUUCUUCGUUAAGCCACAAGAUUUACGCAGCUGCAGUGUGUGUGGCUGUUAGGGCAUAUCAGCUCUAUCUGUAGAUAUCAAGAGGUACAUCACCUGGCUGUUUCCAGUGGGUUUGCAGAAAAGUGAGCGGCCGGGGCAUGUUCAGCAGUGAAUGGAGCUGUUAAAGUGGUUUUGAGUGACUUAUCCUGUGCUGAGAUGUGCAUCAGGAGGGGUUGGUUCUUCCCAGAGCUGUGCCAUAGCUUGAAAGUCUCACCUAUGUUUCCAGUUGUACCACUGUGCCAUCUUUCCUGGGCCAUGCUUCCUAUCAGCUUAGCUGAUGGCAAAUUGCUCCUGCCAGGAAUCGGUAUCCUUUCCCUUUUUUUAUUUUCUUCUUUCUGGGAUGAUUUCUGGUUGGCAGCAACCGUGGUUCAUUUGAUCCACAAAUGUGAAGUAGAUGACUGGGACAAGAAGGAGGGAAAAGGCUGUGCUGCCUAUUUUGGAACAGUGAAAUUGUGUUAUUUGCACCCCAAAGGUGUGAGAGGAAACCUGAGUGCUGGGGCCCUCCUGUCUCCACCAUGAACAGUUGCUGUGUGUGAAGGAAGGUCUGCUUGUCCAGUUUCAUGGGAGUGGUGGGGAAAGAAACAUGUUUUAGAGUACACUGAUAAAUUCCAUGAGGUUUUGGAAGAUGGAAAAGGCUGUUCUGGAAGAGUUGGACGUCCUGUGGGAUGGGAUAGCAUCAGUGGGAGUGAGCACCGCGUACUGAGUGCAGCCAUGUCCUGCAGGAAGCUGGGUGCUGAUUUCACUGUAGACUUGUUCUGCUGCAAUGUGUGCUAACGCUUCUGAGAGGCUUUGAAGUUGGUAAAGUCCUUUGAGGUGUGCUGCUGAGAGACAGCAGAGUAACAGCUGAAAAUGUUCAGCUUCCCAAUUAACCCAGGGGAGUUCUCCCCCCAGAAAGACAUUAAGCUCAGCUCUUAAAUAAAACAUUUCUUUCAAAUGUAUCAAGCAGAGCAUUUCUCUGCUUAAAUACACUGCAGAUGUGGGCAUGAUGUCUUAGCCCCUCUCUGGGAGGGAACAGGACAAAUUCUGCCAUCCUGUUCUCUGGCCAUAGGCCUAGGGGUAGGUUUAUUUUCAUGCUUGCCUUGUUAUAAACAUUUAUCUGACCCGUCUCAGGCUGAAGAGCUGUCAUGUUAGGUGCUCACUGUUAGUGUAUUGCUUCCCUGAUGAUGACUUUUCAAGUUCUGAGGGCUGUGGAGCCUGAAUACUUUUGAUAUCUCUCUUGGUGUGCUUCCAUACCCUAGGAGUUAGUCAAACGUGCUUGUAUUGGAGGAGAUUGCACAUCAUUCCUGUUAAAAGCCACAUAGAAACUAAGUCUUGCUGUAGUCUGUGGUAAGUCCAGAGCUCUUUGCUUGAGCUUAAAGAUGCUGGUGUUGCAAGACCAUCACUGGCAGUCCUUAGGAGAGGGGAAGAAGAUCACCAUGAGCCUCUUAAACAAAACUUCAUGAUUUCUCAAUGCUGACAAGAAAUACCCCACACCCCUAUUUAGUCUUAAAAGUGAGGCCUCUUUAAUAGGGAGUGCUCUUUAUAGGAAAAUUAGCAAAGCUGUAUGGUCGGUCCUAGGGAUUGGCAGAGCAGUUGGAGCCACUGGGUCCUCUCACUGCCCUCAUUUGCUUUUUUGGCCAGAGCUGCCUUCAUAUAGGUUGGAAAAGGUGUACCAAGAUCACCAAGGCCUAUCAAGUGGCAGAGAGCAGCUGCUGCCCACCCGUUGUGCAAAGUCAUGCUGUUUCUGUGCCUUGUUGCUCUGCUUACACCCAUGUUCCUUAUCCUCUCUCUUUGUAGGUCACUCAGCAUUGCGUGGUGGUCCUUUACCCCUGUGCUUUGUAAUUUGGUUGCCUUGCAGUAUGGACGCAGCAUACGGUUGAGUCCUUGGCACCAAGCAGUGUUUUCAGUGUUUUUGGCUGCUAUGGGACAAAAUGCUUUGUCUGAGUGUUGGGCUUGCUUUGGGAUGGCAAGCCAUGCUACCUGCAUGUGGGUUUUAUUAAAUCCAGCAGGCAGCAGCACUUAGUGAAGCUGCAACUAUCUCUGUUUGCCUUGCUCAACAGUAUCAGUAGGAGACGGGUUUGAAUUUUGCCAGUAAUGUUUCUGUAAUGUUAUCCAAUAGUAGCAAUUGCAUCCAGAAAGUUGUUAGAGGAGCGGGAUGGAGGAAGAGGAAAGGAGAAAUGGUUGCCUCCACAGGAGUGCUGGAUGCUUUCCUUAGCAGCAGGCUGAGCUCUGGUGCAGGAAUGGAUUGGUGCCGACACAGAUAAAGCCCUAUGAAGCUAAUGUAGCUCCUUUCAGAUGUAAGCCAUGUGAAGCCAAGGCAGGAAUUUCCUUGCUGGGGGAAAACUGCAUUUCUGUAUUAUAUAAAUAAGCUGUCGCUGAAGAUUAUUGGCCAGAUUGGGUUUGUGUUGUAUUAUUUCUGUCUUUGUAGAGAUUUUAUGUUCCACUGCAGAACGGUGUUCACUUAGUGACUUCAAAAGAAAUACAACAAAGACCCUCCUGGAGGUAUAUAAUGUGAAUAAAUAACUUAUGUUCUUAUUAGAGGGAUAAUGUAAAGCGACAGGGAGAGCAUUAUAAACAGUGAUGGAAAAUUUGUGCUUGAGGCUUGCGUCCAACGUCUGUGUCUUGUGGUCUUCAGCACUGGUUUCAUGCUUAUAAAUGCCUUCAGUCCUUCUGUAAUGGGAAAGGAGAGAAAGGGGGUUUGAAUGGGUUACAAUUUUUCUCGAUUUAAAAAAAUCACAGAUGUGGUUGACAUCCGUGAGUCACUCGCAGAGACUAGGGAAAACAAGUCAGUCUCUUCUUCUCAGUCCAAGGUAAACUGAUGAGCUGUGUGAGUAGGUUUUCUUGCAGUUUGUAAGGAGGUCCUCCAGUUGGCAGGAAAUAUGUCCUUAAGCUGAUCCGGUUGUUAGAGCCUUGGUACAUCCCCCUUGCUGGUUUGGUGCUCUGACUGAAGAGCUGCUCACAGUUCUUGUCCCACCCCCGCUUUCCCUGCGCAGUUUUGCUGUUCCCAUUUUCUUACUUUCCCCACCUUCUAUUCUGCUCUCAGGUAAAACGUGCUUCGGGAUGGCUGUUCAGCCACCGCGCUCAUUGCCGUCCCCAGACAAUUACCUCAGAACAGGAAAGAGUAAAACUCCAUUACAUGUUUCUCUGUUACUCUACAUGGUGACCUCUGCCGCAGCCUUAUGGCCAGACAAAUGUCUCUUUGUGGCUGCUUAGAAACAUUUCCUGUAAAGCAUCUAUUUUUCUGAAGUCUCUUCUUUGGCGUGCAGUGGGGACUUUGAAUACAUACAGCUGGGUGUUUCCACAGCCAGUGGAGUGGAUUUCUGUCACUGCUUUUGCUCAGUGCUGCUAGAUGUGGUGUGACUCAGGUCAAAGGCUGUGUAAAAACAACUGGUAGGAUAUAUCAAACCAUUUGUAUCAUGAAACCAUCGCAUUGAGUAAAUAAGAGUAAAGCAGAAGCAGUGUGGCUCUGACAUUAGAUGGAAUUUGUCUGCUUUACAAAACAGAAGGAAUUGCAGAAGUGCUGUACUGCAGAUCUUCAACAGGAUCUCAGAAAGGAGCAGGAGAGUUUAGCAGUAGCCACUCAUUCAAAGGAUCAGUCUUGUUGGCUCCCCUACUGAGCCCUUAACUUCAGUGCGCUGCCUGCUGAGGAAGCUUUGCUGUGCAGACAGUCUUGCCUUGGGACGGAUAGUCUCGCCUUUUACCUCGUCUUCCUUCAGUGAUUCUGGUUAAGUCCUUUAAGAACCUUGUGUCUGGUACCUCAGCUGUGGGCAAGAACUAGGCUGGAAUACGUUCAAUGCAGAGAUCUAGCAUCCAUCACCUUCUCCUGAGCUUGACUUUGUUUCCUUUCCUUUCACCAGUCAUGUCUUAUUAUUGUCACUAAUUAACGCUCUCUGAUAUUCACAGGACUUGCCAGUUCCCACGUGCCCAUGAGGAUCGUGCUCUGGCUCACUGUUGGCGUCCUUGGAGAAGUCAGUGCUCUGAGCAGAAAGGAGGACACCGCUGGUGCCAGCAGACAGACUUCCAGAUUCUGAAGUGCAGAAGUGUUUUUAAUGCCUAAGAGUUGUGACUAGCAAGAAAAACCUCACCAAAACUCACUGAACUGUUGCUGCUGUGUAAAGAUAACAGCAAGACUUGCUUCUUCUUUUCUUCACUGCCUGCUGCACUGGGAUAUUGGAAAGAAUCAUUCAUGGAAUUGCCCAUCUAAUGCUGCAGCUGUGCUGACUUCUGGCUGCUUCUUGGCUUCAGGAACCAGGCUGCUGGGCUGCUCCUUCCCUGGUGUCUGAGUUCUGAACCUCAAAGUGGCUGUGGAAAACCUUCUUGAGAAGCGAUGGCAUGAAGAGGAGGAGCUGCACAAGCACUCUCAGUGAGCCCUCAGCAGGAACCAGCCCUUGUCCAGACAGCGGUGCAACAAGGCUGCCCAGGGCUGAGCCGUGAGCGCGUGACCAGGAAUCAUCGCAAGCUGAGACAGAGGGCUUACUGCUGGUUAGAUGCCCAAAAGGGAGAGCACAACUCUGGCUGAACUGAUGCAUCUCGGCACCUGAUAUAGGUGCAGCUUCUGACAUGAAGAAAGAUAUAGACACUUUAAUAACCCAGGAAAAAGCGGAGAUCAUUGCCAAGUAUGAGAAGGGCAGGCAGGAGGGAGCCACGAUUGACCCGUGGGAAGAUGCUGAUUUCACGCUGUACAAAGUUACUGACCGCUUUGGGUUUCUGCACGAGCAAGAGCUGCCAACCCGCACCGCCUUGGAGGAGAAGCAAAAGCAGCAGGAAAUUGAGCGUGUGGACAAGUGGCUGAAGAUGCUGAAGAAAUGGAGCAAAUACAGAAACAGUGACAAGAUGUGUCGGCGAGUGUACAAAGGCAUUCCGCUCCAGGUGCGAGGCCAGGUCUGGUCACUCCUGCUGGACGUUGAGAAGAUGAAGAAGGAGAAUGAAGGAAAGUAUGAGCAAAUGAAACAACAGGCAAAGAGCUGGUCCUCGGAAAUCAAGCAGAUAGAUCUGGAUGUUAACCGCACAUUCCGAAACCACAUCAUGUUUCGGGAUCGCUAUGGUGUGAAGCAACAGGCACUGUUCCACGUCCUGUCGGCAUACUCAGUGUACAACACUGAGGUGAGCUACUGCCAGGGGAUGAGUCAGAUCGCAGCCAUCCUGCUGAUGUACUUGAAUGAAGAAGAUGCGUUUUGGGCACUGGCACAGCUGCUGACCAACCAGAAGCAUGCGAUGCAUGGUUUCUUUAUUCCUGGGUUCCCAAAGCUGCAGAGAUUUCAAGCUCAUCACGAGCAGAUUUUAAGCAAACUCUUUCCGAAACUGAAGAAGCACAUGGACAAGGAGCAGAUGACGACAGGGAUUUACACCACCAAGUGGUUCCUGCAGUGCUUCAUCGACCGGACGCCUUUCACCCUCACCUUGCGGCUGUGGGACAUCUACAUCCUGGAGGGAGAGCGGGUCCUGACAGCCAUGGCUUACACCAUUCUCAAGCUGCACAAAAAGCGUUUGCUGAAGAUGACGCUGGAAGAUCUGCGGGAAUUUCUGCAGGAGAAAAUUGCUGCAUCGCUGCAGUAUGAAGAUGACACUGUCAUAGACCAGCUGCAGGUGUCCAUGAGCGAGCUGCGCAAGAUGAAGUUUGACCUCCCCCCGCCUGCCAAGCCCGACGAGUUCCCUCGCAGACCCCUGGGCCUGGAGCUUUCCCUCAAUCCUCUGGCCACGAAGGCUAGUGCAGCAGCCAAUGGCCAGAAUGGGCUGCUGGGUGAGCACCCCUCAGACAGGGGCACCGCACAUCCCCCUAGCCACCAAGGGGCGGCCACCAGGACUCCCGAUGUGCCAAGCAGCCAGGCCCAUGAAGGAGCUGACAGCCAUCCACAUCCCCCGCACAGCGAGGGGCAGCCGACGGAUGAUGUGGCACAGCGGCAAUCUCCAAAGCCGAGCAAGGUGCAGGCCUUCCCCACCAGCCUGGAGGAUGCUGUGAGGAGUGGGGAGUCCGCCCUGCACACUGGACAUGGGGUUGAGCACAAGGAGCAUCGUGAGCUGCACCACGAGCCACCCAGCCCCACUCCCUCCCUAUGCGGCUCUGUGGGCUCCUUCCACCCUGUGUCAAACACUCCUGUGGACACACCAGCUGGGGAGGCCCAGCCGCCUGAGCAGCCUUCCAGCAUGGACCACACACCGGAUCCUGCUGCUUGUGGGCCACCUGGGGAACAACAAGCAUCCUCCCUGCAUGGGGAGGAGGCCACAGCACUGCAGAGGGACAUCCCUGAGGACGUGGGCGAGACACAGUGUGGAGUGAUGUUGCUGAACGGAAUGGACUCAAAGGCCUCACUUCCCAAGUCAGCGUCUGCGGGUGAGCUUGGUGGCCUGCAGCAGGGCACAGAGAUGGCACUUGAGCGAGGCUUCGCUGCCCUAGGCUCACUUGCCCCGGGCAGGCCAUCGGGCAGCAGCACACCUAUCCUGUCAGAGAGCGCGGCACAGGCCAGGGGGAACAGCCUCCACACCGUGGUGAAAACCACCACCCGCCUGCAUGUGGCACAUGUGACUGAGCAGGACUUGGCAAACAGAAGGCAAGUGGCACUGCCCUGGCCAGAGGCCGCCCAUCCCCUGGCUGCCACCUUCCUGCUGCCUUCUGCCACAUCGGACGUGGGGGCGGUCCAGCAAGGCACCCAGAAACAGCUGAAUGCACUGAAAGCACCAUGCCCACCCCUGAGCCCCAAACCAAAACUUCCCCCACAGGUUUCCAAAUCCCUGUCAGAGAACAGCUUCAGCCCAGACUCUCCUCCCUCUGCACGGCUGCCCAAGUCAGUGACGUUUUAGUGGAAUGUGGGACUGAGCAGGAUUGGAGCUGGGAGCCAGUAUGGCACCUGCCCCACGAUGCCCUCAGCAGGGCUGUGCCUGCCUGCGGUGUCCCACGGAGCUGUGCUUUGGUACGAGAGCCAGGGCUGCAGAGCCCGGAGCCACCAGCAACCUCCGCUUUGGUUUGCAUCCAUGGUUUCCUUUCUAUGGACAGAAGUGCUUGCGUUUGGGUUUGUUCAGGAAGAGCAGCAGGGCUAGUUAAUGUGUGCACUUCGCUGCCUGUCCCCUGGCAGCACGGAGCUCCAGAGCUCAGGGUGGGUGCAGUGAUGGACAUAAGGCAGUGGAGUCCAAAAUACUUAGCAGGAGGCUUUCCUUCCUCUGUAGCAAUAGGCCUUUAUUUCUUUUUCCAGACCUGCAGGAAGCAGCAGCCCUUCAGAUGAGGCUGGGGUGUGCCAGCAGGCAAGCACCACUGCCCAGCAGUCUAUGCAAGUCCCUUUCUCCUGGUAGUCCCUUUCCAUGCCCCUGGCUGCACUCCCAGAGAGGAGGUGUUAGCAGCUGGUGGUGGUGAGCUGUGGUUGUGACACGUUCUCCAGGUGAUGAGGAUGGUGGUGAAAACUGAGCCUGGGUGUUGCAAGUCCAGGGCAGCAAGCAGGCUUGCUGCCUCAAACUGACUGAAGGGGAGAAUUGGCUGCUGCCCUGGUGAGCCCGAGGGCACCAUUUAGUUGCAGUAGUGCAAACCCCUGUCCCGCACCUUGCCUUUUCCCGUGAGCUGCUGGAGGUGUGUGGUGAUGUCUCAUUGUGGUGCCCAGAGUGAUGCCUGCUCCUGCCAGAACAAGUAAAAUUUCGGGGUGGAGACACCACAGAAGUUUGGAAGGGGGAGCACACUGCCCCCGACUUUUCUUUGUCCUAGUUUAACCCAGCCAGAAAUCAGCAACCAAGAAAGGAAACCUGGGUACAGAGGUUUGGAAGUUGAUGCCCUAAAGCAUUGCCACAGGGCAGAUGCCCCUGCAUCUGUGUGCAGUGGAGAGCCCUGUGGGCCUGUCCCUUUCCCACCUUCCUUGGGACCAUGUGGAAUCUAAGCCAAUUCCUGCCUUCAGCAUUUCUUUUUCAGGCAGCACUGUGUCCCCAGGAUGUCACCACCUGACUGGAGGUGCAUAGGGAGCAGGGCAGCUCACCCCACUGAAAGAACCAGGCCAAACCCGUGUGCCCAGCACACAGCAGCUCCUGGUGAAGGGAUUUCAGCAAGGAGGAGCAAUGGGAGCAGCAGGAAAUAAGCUCGAGGCCAGAUGUGUGAUAUAUGACAGUGCUUUGUGGCAGAGGGGAUGGGGAUGUCACCUUUUGGACAGUGGGUGGGACCACUGCCCGUCCCUUCAAUGGCAGACGUAGGCCAAAGCUUCUCUGAGAUCUAAAGGAGACUUUUGAAACCUGGUUUUCAUCUCUCAUUUUCAUCUCUCAGGCUGCUGCACCGCAGCAAAGCCUACCUGGAGACUAGGAGAAAACAUCCACUGAGUCCCUUUGAGUAUUUACCAGGUUGUGUAUGUGCACAUCAGCAGUAGAGCUGUGGAAGGAGCCUGCUGCUUCUUGUGCAGCCCUGCUCUGCUCCAGACCCUGUUCCUGCCCAUCUCUGCAGUGCAGGGCUGACCUCACAGCUACUCUGCCAGGGGUACGCAGUGCUGUUGGUGAAGCACUUAGAAGUGCUACAUGGAUGCUCAGUAGUUGUGUUUUAAAACACUGUGGGUAAGAGGUAGUUAGGAGGUUAAGGCAGAAGUGCUUCAAUUGGUUUAAUUGGUGUGUUCAUCAGUAAUUGUGCAGUGGUGAAAGCUGUUAAGUUGCUACAAUACCUGGGCAAUAUAUCAGGACAGGCAGCAAUUGCCUUCCAUAGCAGCCAUACCUUGCUCGGAUGGGAGCUACAAGCACCCCAGGGGCUGCUGAGCCAGCAGCGCGCACAGCUCUCUGGGUGCUGCCUCCCUUCCAGCUGCUCUCGCUCCAGUGCGUGUCCCAGUGCCGUCCUCACCCACUCCAUCCCAUAGCAAAGCCAGUGUGACUGUGAGCAAACUCAGGAAGGAGCUCCCAGCUCCUGGCCCUGCCGAGCUGCCCCGCUGCGGGCUGUGGGGCUGUGCUGUCCCCUGGCCCAGUGCAUGGCGCAGAUGCAGUGUGGGCAGCAGCAGAGCUGCAGGGCCCAGUGCCAGGGACAGACCUCGCUCCCUGUCCUCACACCACAGCCGUGCAGGGCCCAGCGCUAGAGGCCGGGGCUCAGCCGUGCACUUUGACAGCCCUGCUACCGUUGGCUUUUGUUUUAAUUGCUAUUCUUGUUUACAGCGUGGAACGCUUCCUCCGUGACUCUUUCUAAUGUAUUAUAAUUAUUACUUUAAAAAAUA